AUCUUUCAUCUAAAUCACAGCAAUUUCCCAACUCACUGAGCCUGACACAGUCACUGUGCUAACAGAGCCAGAUUCAAUACUGCCACACUUCUGUCCAUUUAGUGGCUGAGGGGCGGGGUCUAUGUAAAUAGGGUCACUCAGGGCUUUAUUAAGUGGCUGUGGGCACCAGUGGUCAGACCUCAGGAACCUGCAGAACAUCACCACAACAAGAGGACACUUAACACACUUCAGCCUGCACCGCUUCUGUCUUUCUUCAGUCCUUUUUUUUAUUCCAGUUUUUUUACUAUUCUAUUUUCUCUUUUUUUUACCAGGGCAGACUAACAGGAAUGUGUGAUGGGUGGAGUUGGCUUUAAAGACUUUUUCUCUAAGUGCUGCUGACUGCAGUUUUUGAUUAUUUUUGUAUUUUUUUAACUUUUGAACUGAUUUUUGCUCAAAAAAGCAGGUUCUGUUCAUUUUUUCUCUUUUUUGGGCUUUGGAUGAGCACCUGACAUCAGUGAAGAUGCUGUGGUCAGAUUUCCUCAGCCCACUCCUGUUCCUGAGUGCUGCUGUGGCUGCAGCUAACGCUUUUGGCUCUUACAAUCCCAAUCCCAACCGUUUCAGCCUUUACAAGUCCGGGCCCAGCCCUCACUAUAGCUCUGGGAAACCCACUGCAAGACACAAAAACCACUGUGCGUAUGUAGUAGAGAAGAGUGUGUCCUACACUAUUCAGGAUGGAGUGGCUCCUUUUGUGAAGGCGGAGUAUAACAAGUGUACAUGGAGCAAGAAAUGUCCAAAACUAAAGUAUCGGAUGUUCUACAAGCCAAUGUAUAAAGUGAUCCACAAGACCAUGACUGAGUUAGAGUGGCGCUGUUGUCCUGGAUUCACCGGUGUUGGCUGUAAUGCUGGACCUGCAGCUUAUGGAAUGAAAUCAAUGCCCCCAUUUAAAGGUUCUAUGCCCUCCCAAAAAAGUCCCAUGCCCUCUAGUAAAGGUCCUCAGCCGUCUAUGAAAGGGCCGAUGCCUCCUUUCAAGGGCCCAAGGCCUGCUUACAAAGGAUAUACGCCCUCUUAUAAGGGUCCAUCCAUUCCGUAUAAAGGCCCAAUGCCUUCCUAUAAAGGCCCGGUGCACCAACCAAGCUACAAAGGAAACCCCUGGGAACAACCCCAUACCCCAACUGGUGCAAUGGGUGGUGGCUACCCUGGCUAUAAUAUGGCACCUUCCUAUCCAGAAACCCCAUUUGAGUCCGAUCCUGAUCUCCAGGAACCUGAGAUGGGUCAUAUUGACACAUUUCCAGAACAGCACAUUCCUCUAACUGACGAUCAAGAUCCCGCACCUGAUCCCAUUCCAGAUGAUCAUGAGCCAAUAACAAACUACCAGGACCCAUCUAUUCCAGAUCACCAGAGUUCAACUGUUCAACAUCCAGAGGCAGAGCCGGUUCCUGAGGCACAGGCGCCCUCUGGUGACAGUGAGACAAACCCUGGUUCUGAAGAAGACAGUGCCGCAGCUGAUCGCUUAAACCGGAUGGAAGAGGAUGUGCAGCGACUCUCGCUUGGUCUGGAAACUCUGCGCGGGAAAGUGACUGGCUUGGAGGACCACUUGCGCACCUCACUCCGCGAGGAUGCCAAUCGCAUGCUGUCUGCCCUCCUGUCUGCAGCUCCAGCCCCAGCUACAGCUCAACACUCUACUGUUGCUUUCGGGGACUUGCCUGGUGCAGCACCCGAUAUUGAGGGCAUGGAAAUGGUGGGGCAGUUUCCUAAGCUGGGUGAGCUGGCUGAGAAAGUGGAGGAGCUGCGUACUGAGCUACUGUCUAAGACCACAGAACUGGCAGAGUUGAGAGGAACAGUCCUAAGGCACAAUGGAACCCUGCAGAGACUAACUGGUGGGGCUGCGAAUCUGACAGGUGCUCAACAACCCCUAGAGACACUCGUGGAGGCAAAACUUGGCGAGACAAGAGUAGCCAUCCUUGAGGGCUUUGAGAGGCGUGUAGAGAGUGUGGAGGACCGUUUAAUGGGUCGCGCUACAGAAGUGAGCCUGCAGUGCAAGAAGGAACUAAUGGAGGGACAAGAGCACCUGCAGCAGGUCCUGAAUAGCAGUUUUGCAGAUUUGAGGAAGGAGUUUAUGAGGUUCAAUGGACAACUGCAAGGAUUUGAACCUGGGAACCAGGAAGUCUGCUGCAGUGCAGUGUCAGGCUUGACCGAAAGGCUGGUUCUGGUUGAGGACUCAAUGGAUGGUUUGAACCAGUCCCAGUUACACCUUAGAGCUGAACUAGGAAGCCACAAGGACCAUGUGGAGGGCAUGAUUGAGGGUAGACUGGGCUACGUGGAAGACAAGUUGAACAAAGCAGAGAUGCAACUGGGAGACGUUGGCAGUGAAACAUCGGUUAAGCUUGAGGCUUGUCUGGAGGCAAAGAUGAAGGCUCUUGAAAAUCGCCUCUUUGCAGCAGUGGAAGAGCUUGGCAAUGCCACAGCUCCAGCUCUGUUGGAAGGCCAGGCAGUGCCCACUUUAGAAACAGAGGUCGAAUCCCUCAGGAAGAGGGUGGAGGUGGACGUAGACCGCUUUCAAAAGCAGCUCAGCUUAUUGGAGCUUCUUUGUACUUCUUCUUGUGCCCCACAACCAGUUCUAACAGGGUUUGUCGCUCCACUGCAGACUCCAGAAGUAGAACUUAAGGGUGACCAUCAAAACCUUAACGGACACCUCGACGCACAGACAGAACGUAUGGACCGGCUGAAUGCCACUCUGAACUCUCUGCUUGUUCACUUAUCAGAGAAAAAGGAAGAGACGGGUAUUGAGGGCGAGUUGACUCUGCUAAAGGUAAAUGUCCAUUCUGUCAACCGCACGCUUUGUGGGCUGAAGGACACAUUCGGACAAGUAAUGCAAGAGAUGGAGCAUGCCAACCUCACUUGGCAGGACCGCGAGGAGAGGCUAGCACAACAAGUUAAAGGUGUGGUGCAGCUGGUUGGACGCCAAGCCUCCAUGUUGGGCACGGGAGAAAGACGACUGACCCGUUUGAAGGGUGAGCUGCAGGAUCUGCGCCGGAGGUUGGCUGCAGAGCUCCAGGGCUGUCGCUCCACUGCCCUUGGUGUCCAGAAAGAGGUGACCGAGGUUGGGGGGCGAGUAUCCCGUGUGGAAGGUCAGUGUGGUGGCUUGGCAAGGUUGGCUGAAGAUUUGGAGCUUAUCCGAGGAGAACUCGACAAACAAUCCGAUGGGUACUUGUCUCAGGUCAACACCACCCUCAUCAACCAUUCCCUUCAGAUAUCGGAGCUUAAAAACGGACUCAAAAACUGCACUGGUUCCUCAGGCCUCGCACAGUCGUCAGAUGACCACUUCUCGACAACGACUCAACCAUGGGUAGAACCUCACACAGCUGAGCCAGUCUAUCCAAGAGGAGACCAGUUUACAGACUCCACACAGUUAAGAGAUGAUCAUGGAUUUGGACAAGCUCCAUAAUGUGAAGAACAUUACCUUAGAAUGACUGAUUUAUUGACAAGCCUAGAAAUUAAUCUAAUGCGACAAGCAAUGCGUCUAAUUCAAGACUCCUUAAAGUCCUAAAAGUUUACAGAAAUUAUGCCAAACUAUUCUGAGGUAAAAGUUGAAUGUGUUUUUCUUAUGUUUAUAUUUUUUGUACUUUGUAUCAAAACUGUAUGAGGGUGUAUGUUGCUAGUUAUAUGUGAAAUGUGUAAUUGUUAAGAAAUGUUCCAGGCACAUGUGUCUAAAACAGACUGUCCGUUAACCUUUUUUACUUUCUGUAUGUCUGUGAAUUGUCUUACAAUGGCAGUGUUUUUUUGUGAUGACUUGUUUCUAUUAAAAAGACAAAUUAAAAAUAUAA